AUGCGAUUUCCUCGAUUUUUGGCAUCUUGCUUGGCGUUAGCCAUAUCACUUGACAUUGUGUCGGCAGCUGUAGCAGCGGACUCAUCGGAUGAAUUUGACCUUCGUCAGUUGACAGAUGAUAAUUUUCGUUCAGAAAUUGCUCAUGGUGUAUGGUUGGUAGAGCACUAUUCCCCGAAAUGUAGUCACUGUAGAUCUUUUGCUCCCACUUGGCUUCAAAUGGCGAAGGACAAGCAACAUUUGGAACGAUUGACUGGAUUUCAUAUGGCUCAAGUUAAUUGCCUUGCUCAAGGAGACCUGUGUAACGCCAACGGUAUCAAGUUCUAUCCUCAACUUAUGUUGUAUGUCGAUGGUCAACCCAAGCCUCAUUAUACAGGUGAUAGAUCGUAUAUAGACCUUGAAAAGUUCAUCGACGAGCAUUCUUCAACCUACGCACAAUCCUACAUGGCUGCUGGAACUGAAGAAGGAAGAGGGUUAGGCGGACUAAAACCUAAUCCUGACGGAGUGGUGGCAGAGAUUGAUGAAGCCCAAUUUGGAAGCUUAAAAGAAAGUGGACCCGUAAUGGUUGAAUUCUUUGCACCUUGGUGUGGACACUGUAAAAAGCUUAGACCGACAUAUGAGCAGCUCGCAGAAACCAUGAAAGGCAAAUUGAAUGUCGUAGCAGUGGAUUGCGACAACCACAAAGGGUUCUGUAAGAAUGCUGGUGUUCAAGGUUAUCCUACCAUUCGAAUGUAUCAUCAUGGUACUCGUACAGAGUUUUCUGGUGCUCGAUCUCUCGACAAGCUGACAGCAUUUGCCGAAAAAGCAGUGAAGGUCACUACCUUACAACCUAUCAAGUUGGACGACUUCGAUUCUGUACUCACUUCUGACGAGGCUUUCUUCUUGUACCUCCAGAAUUACGACACUACUGUUGCUGAUCUUAAUUCGGUCAAAGCUGCUCUUGAACCCCUUCUGGGCUCAGUGCCAGCGUAUACUUCAUCUGAUCCCUUCCUUUAUCAAAAGCUGAAUAUAGCAAAUCCACCUCCAACAUCGGUGAUGUUGGCUUUUUCCUCUCACUCUUCUCGACCUGUAGGGUCCUUAUCAUUCCCCACUACCGCCGAAAGCUUAAAUCGGUUCAUUCAGUUACAUCGAUUCCCAACUCUGGUUGAACUCACCGGAAGUAAUCACAACUCGAUCAUGAACUCUGAUGCUCGUCCUAUAGUCGUCUUAGGGGCAUUGCAUAAAGGUGACGAAGGCAAAAAGGAGAUGGACAGCUUAGCUGAAGUGGCUAAAGCUUGGAAAAAAGGCGGAAGAUCUUUCGCUCAGCCAGUAUGGUUCGUCUGGGUAGAUGGAGAGAAAUGGAGUGGCUGGUUGAAACAGCAAUAUGGCAUUAAGAAGGGCCAAUUGCCAUCUGUGGUAGUGAUUGAUCCACCAAUGAACGAAUACUAUGAUACAACAAUCGAAGGUACCCAAAUAACUUUUGAUGGUACCAGUAUCUUCUCAGUUCUUGAAGGUGUUUAUCAACAUUUCCUUAGGCCGAAAAGAAUUGAAUCCACCUUGGAAUGGGGAUCAAGGAGUGCUGCAGCUACAUUGAUCACAUUUGGACAAAUGAGCGUGGACCAUCCUUUACUUGCCUUAGUGCUACUUGUAGGAGCGGUAGGACUGUUCGUUGGGUUACUGCAGAAAUGCAAUGGGAGAGAUCUGAAAGAUUCCGGAUCUGGAGGCUCAAGAUUAGAUUAG